AUGGCUGCAGGACUUUCAUACACGUCACGUGCUCACAAUGACAAACCAAAUACGGGCCGCCACCGUUCACGAACGGCCGAUGUAAUCGAUCAUACCGAAUUCCUGAGGUGCCAGACGGGCGGCAAGUCCGUCAUCAACUACAGCUAUACCGACAACCCGCUGAAGCUCUUGAUGUGGGACAUUUGGACAUUCUUGUCCUUUUCAUACGCCUUGCCCUGGGUUGUAUGGCCACCGACGCCGAGCGAAUCGGCUCCCGAGUUGGAUGAACUCAGCUGGGCGCCUGGAAACUUGUUCUGCUUGUUCGUGCACCUCGUGCUCAUCGUGCUGCAGAUUGGGUUCUUGCUGGUUCUCAUCCCGAUUUGCAUCUUGCUGCCAGUCUGGAUGGCCGCUCUCUGCAUAGGAGGAUUCCUUGGGUUGAACUGGCUGCUGGUUAUUGCUCUGAACGGCAACUCGCUCAUCUACAAUUCAGAUCCCAAGUAUGCCCGCGCAUCAGAUGAGAAUGCACACGAGAAAUGGAUCUUUAUUAAUGGAGUCGCCGCUGGCGAAUACUGGAUGAAGAGUAACCUUGACCGCCUUGCCCUAACCUUUGGGCGUCCUAUCGAGGGAAUUCACAAUAAGACAACGGGCAUCAUCUUUGAUGUGAUUGAAUGUUUAAUUCAACGCAAUUUUGGCUAUGCCACCGAGGAUGUCCGUGCAGCGUACAAGGUCGUCAAGGAUCACCUAUACGACGAAAAGCUAUCAAAGGUCGUAUUCAUCCUUCACUCGCAAGGCGGAAUUGAAGGCUCAUUGGUGCUGGAUUGGCUGCUUCAAGAAUUGCCUCAGGAUCUCUUGGCAAAACUAGAGGUCUAUACAUUCGGCUGCGCGGCCAACCAUUUCAAUAACCCACAUCGGCAUAAAAAGUCCCAGAUAGAGGAACAAAAUAGUGCCAACGGCCUUCUGGCAGCCUCGAACCCCGUAACAGAGACAGCCCUUUCAGAAUCGCCAGUAGACAUGAAGACGUCAUCCCUGAGCAAGAAUUCCACCACUGCACAAAGUAACGGCAACGGAGCAGGGGCUGGUGAUGGUCAUACAAUCAAGUCUCAUUCGAACACAGUUUCCCUCCUUUCGGACGAUGUUCCGAUUCGUACCACUUCUGACCGGGUAAUUGGUCAUAUCGAGCAUUAUGCACACACUACCGAUUUUGUCGCAAUCUGGGGAGUUCUUCACUUGGUCACAAAUGUAAGGGCCUCGCGAAUGAUCCCUCGCUUCAUGGGUUAUGUCUUCUCUCGAACCUCUUCGCGUGGGGGCCAUCAGCUCAAUCAGCAUUAUCUCGAAGAGAUGUUUCCACUGGAACGGAACGCAGCCGGUCAGUUGAUUGGCUGUAAAGAUACCAAUAAAUUCAUGGAGAGUAUCGUGGAACAUGAAAAGGCCGGGACUGAGCUCCAAGACCUCUAUGAUGGUGUCGAUGUCAGCUUGGCCGUCAUGAGGGGUCGCCGUGCCUCUGAUAUCAAGCCUGAAGUUGGUCUUCAUGGAAGCUUUCGCAGCGGCGAUUUUAAGAACCGCGAAGUACGGGUAGCGGACCUGAGUCGACUAUGGCAAUACAGGUAA